UUGUCUAUAGGGAUUUUUUUUUGGGAUACUUUACUUGAGCCCUUGACAGGUGACUUUCCAGUAUUCAUAACUCAAUAAUGCAUUUUUGGAGGCUGGAUCCUUGAUAUGGUGCUCAGUCAAGAGAGCAAUAGUCAUUAAUCAUUAUCCAGAAACAUAUACAUGCAAAGGCGGUCGGUCCAUUGCUUCCUGACAGCUGGAGACCGAGCUACUGAGCUCGUCAUGGCGGCGACCAGAACGGGAGGUUUAAGUGCCGCAGGACACUAUCAAUCAUCGCUAGUGAAGCCAAGACAAAGGUACAUAUUAGAUGAGGGAUUUCGGUUCUUAGUUGGGUUGGAUUCGGUUAUAUUCUCGGCUUCAGUUUUUUGAAACCUUUUCGGUUUCAAAAGACCUAUAUCCGAAUUUUUAUAUUAGAUUCAUUUAGAUUUGGUUUUGGUUUCUAUACGAUAAAAUAUCUAUUUUUUGACGAAAUUCUCUGUUUUUCCAUUAUUUUUAUAUUUAGAUUCGAUUUGGUUCUACCCAUUCGCAGAAUUCGAUUCCAAUAUUAUUCGGUUCGGUUUUGCAACAGAACCGAAAUGCCGAUGCCGACCCUUGGUACAUAUACAUAGAAAAUCUAAGAUUGUGAGUUUGUGAAUGUGAAUGUGAAUGUGAAUGUGCUUUAUAAUCUUUUACUUGUGAAGCAAGUAAAAUUGCAAAAAAAAAUGGUGUAAAGAAAAGGUAAAGAGUACACUUUUUUUUCCCGCAAAUUAAUGUAGGUUUAGAAUAAGGAAUAUGUUAAUUUGAGGAUUAUAGUUUCUAUCCCGAAGCCUAUAUUAGAGGACUUGAUUAAUUGUGAUGGUUAUUGUUAUUUAACCAUAUUUUCUUCCCCUGCAUCCACAACGUCAACGGGACGAGACAAAAAGUAUAAAAGAAGGCCGUCUCGAAAUCAAUCGAUCAUCUUCCUAAUCCUAACGAGGAACCAUCUUGGAAAAAAAAAAAACCCUAAUUUGGCUACCAUCGGAUCUUCGAAGCCAUGGAAGCCAUUGAUUCAGCUAUCGAUCCUCUCAGAGAUUUUGCCAAGAGCAGCGUACGCCUCGUCCAGCGUUGUCACAAGCCCGAUGACAAGGAAUUCAGAAAGGUCGCCGUGCGCACGGCGAUUGGAUUCGUCGUGAUGGGGCUCGUCGGGUUCUUCGUGAAGCUCGUCUUCAUUCCGAUCAACAACAUCAUCGUUGGAUCUGCUUAGGGGAAUGAUGGUCGAAGAAGAAGAUGAGCAUUUAAAGAGAAUCCAAAUGCCAUAGAACUCCGACCUUAUUAGACUUCAUUAGGUCUUCUUGUUUUUCCCUAAUUGAAAUGUUUUCAUUAUAUGUCUUUUUUUUUUCUUUUUUUCAAGAUUCUUCGUUUCAUAAAAAAUUAAUUUCGCCGCUAUUUCUUA